UGAUCUUGCAAUGUCCCAAGUUUUUCAAGUCCACCAAUUAGAGUAUCAGCAAUAAGUUUGUCUUCUAUAAAAGGUACUUGUGCAUCUUAUAGUACUUACAAUCAAUCAAAAUAUGGGGGUGGAAGGCCCUGAGCCAAAUGGAACUCUUAUGGAAAACAGGUCGGAUAAGGUUUUGCAUCCAAAUCAAAAACAAAAAGUGAAGAUCUACUGUGGCCAGAACUUUUAUCGCAAGGAUAAUAUUUCAGAAGGGAAAAGGGAAAGAUUGUGAAAGUGGGGGAUCCUGUUUCCAUCCAUAAUAAGGCAUCUUCUGCAGUCGAAGAAGCAGCUUGAAUGGCUAAAUUCAUUGAGAUUAAACCUGGACCAUCAAAUCCGUUGCCCAAAUAAUCAGGGUAGAAAUAUGAGUGCUUUGGUUUUACAUACGGUGUCAUCCCUUCAUGACUUGUAAGACAUUUAAGGCCCAAUUAACGAGAUAAACUUUU